GUGGAUGGAUGGUGCUGGGCUGGGAAAUGAACAGCUAAGCACCAUCCAGAACAGAGAUGAAGACUCUAGCUGUGAUUUUUGGAGGUCCUGAUUGAAACGCUAGCUUGGAAUGGCUGCUGCUGCCAUAUGUAGCCCUGUGCUGUGUGAGGCUGCUUUAUCCUGGAUUGGGAAACACUCUUGCCCUUCCGGACCUACCUACCAAUGUGUGCGCUCUGUGUGAGGUGCUCCAGUCUAAGCUUUGGUUGGGAAGAGCCAGACGGGCUGUGGUUGUGGGAGUCUGGUUGGAAGCUCUUUCUGCUUGGCAAUCUGCUGCGUUUAGCUGAGUUUCCUGCUGUUCGUUGCAAUGGGGUGAGAGAGCU